AUGCAGACUGCUUCUACAAACAUUUGUGAAAGAAUGGGUCGCUCUCAGGAGCUCAGUGAAUUCAAGCGUGAUACCGUGAUAGGUUGCCACCUGUGCAAUAAGUCCAUCCGUGAAAUUUCCUUGCUACUAAAUAUUCCACGGUCAACUGUUAGUGGUAUUAUAACAAAGUGGAAGCAACUGGGAAUAAGAGCAACUCAGUCAGAAAGUGAGUAGGUUCAGCGCAUGCUGAAGUGCAGUGCGCAGGCGUUGCCUGCACAGUCAGUAGCUAAAGUUUUCCAAACUUCAUGUGGCCUUCAGAUUAGCACAACAACAAUGCGUAGAGCGCUUCAUGGAAUGGGUUUCCAUGGCUGA